AGUACGUACUGUGCCACCAUGGUCCAGCACUGUGAAGCCCUCAACCGGUCUGUCCAGGUGGUCAACCUAGACCCAGCAGCAGAGCACUUCAACUACCCUGUGAUGGCUGACAUCCGAGAACUGAUCGAAGUGGAUGAUGUGAUGGAGGAUGACUCUCUGCGGUUUGGCCCCAACGGAGGACUGGUCUUCUGCAUGGAGUAUUUUGCCAAUAAUUUUGACUGGCUAGAGAACUGUCUUGGCCAUGUAGAGGACGACUACAUCCUCUUUGACUGUCCAGGUCAGAUCGAGCUGUACACUCACCUGCCUGUCAUGAAACAACUGGUCCAGCAGCUUGAGCAGUGGGAGUUCCGAGUCUGCGGAGUUUUCCUUGUUGAUUCUCAGUUCAUGGUGGAGUCAUUCAAGUUUAUCUCUGGCAUCCUGGCAGCCCUAAGUGCCAUGAUCUCUCUAGAAAUUCCCCAAAUUAACAUCAUGACGAAAAUGGAUCUGCUGAGUAAGAAAGCUAAAAAGGAAAUUGAGAAAUUUCUAGAUCCAGACAUGUAUUCCUUGUUACAAGAUUCAACAAGUGACUUAAGAAGCAAAAAAUUCAAAAAAUUGACUAAUGCUAUAUGCGGUCUGAUUGAUGACUACAGCAUGGUUCGAUUUUUGCCUUACGAUCAGUCAGAUGAGGAAAGCAUGAACAUUGUAUUACAGCAUAUCGAUUUCGCCAUUCAAUAUGGAGAAGACUUGGAAUUUAAAGAACCUAAGGAACAUGAAGAUGGAUCUUCCUCUAUGUUUGAUGAAUAUUUUCAAGAACGCCAGAACGAAUGAAGAGUUUACUAAAAAGUAACUAUAAAUAUGUGAAGAGCUGGUGGCCAAAUUGGCAGAACAUUCUUCCCUUUAAAGGAUGCAAUAGUAGAAUGCUACUUUUUUUAAUGGAAAAAAAAAAAAAGUAGGUGGCUCUUCAC